GUUCCCACGCCCUAUGCUUCCUUCACUAUAUAUUCACGCUCAUUACUGCAUAGUUUUUAACACAAUACAAAUAAUUAAGUUCAAUAUAUAGUUUUCAGAGAUUGAUUUGAUCAAUACCUUUCUUUCUUUCUUUUUUGUGGAGAAAAAUAAGGAAAAAUGAUGAGGAGAGAAGGUGGGUUUGAUUUGAUAGUGAUAUCGUUGGUGAUGGCGCUAGGGCUGAGCUUGUACGUGGGGCGGAUGCAGGCGGCGGUGACGCUGCCGCCGGAGGCGAAGCCGCUGCAGCGGCAUUUUUACAAGAAGCUCAACACGUGCGCCAAUGUGGAAGCGUUUGUGAAUCAUCAAGUGAAUUUGUGGUGGAAUAGAGAGAAGAACAUCACGGCCAAGCUGCUUAAGUUAGUCUAUUCCGACUGCAUGGUUAAUGGGUGCGACGCAUCGAUUCUACUGGACGGCCCAAACACAGAGAAAAACUCUGGGAAAAACUCAAUGUUGGAUGGCUUCAUAUUGAUCGACAAGAUCAAGAAGGUUCUAGAAAUCCGGUGCCCCCGCGCUGUUUCUUGCGCUGACAUUCUCCAACUUGCUACCAGAGAUGCUCUACAUUUGGCGGGAGCACCGUCGUACCCAGUUCUCUUAGGUAGAAGAGAUGGAAUGGAGUCAAAAGCAUCAUGGGUGGAUCUCCCCUCGCCGGCCAUCUCCAUCGAUCAAGGCAUCGCCUAUUUCAAAUCCAAGGGCCUUGACGAUAUGGACUACGCUACUCUUCUAGGAGCGCACACGAUGGGAAAAACGCACUGCGCCAAUGUGAAUGGGCGUCUCUACAACUUGAACAACACCGGCAAAGCCGACCCCUCCAUGAGCAAAUCCGAGCUCGACAAACUACGAAAGCAAUGCCCCAAAUCCCUCAAGCAGGGGCAGAAAGACCCCACGGUGUUCUUGACGGACAAAAAUGGCGAGCAGUACAAGUUCAGCAACACCUACUACGUGAACGUGGUAGGCAACAGCGCAGUAUUGAAGGUGGAUCAAGAUCUGCUCCGCAACUACAACACCACGCAGCUCGCGCUCGAAUACGCGGGCGCCUUCGAGCACUUGAGGCGCCAGUUUGCGCUGUCGAUGAGCAGGAUGGGAUCGCUCAAGGUGCUCACGGGGAAGCAAGGGGAGAUUCGACAAAACUGCCGUUUCACCAACAAAAACAAUCCCAAUAUCAACUAGGAAUUCACCACUCCAAAUAAAUUCUUCCAGAUUCCGUUUCUUGUUUUUUUUAGGCUUUCGUUUUGUUUUUACUGUGAUGGAGUGUGGAGAAGUCAUGUUAUAUUUUUUUGCACUGCAUUAGUGCUGCUAUAUAAACAUGGUACAGUAUUUGGGAUUUAAUAAAGUGUUUUUUUAACUAGUGUGGCGACAGUGGCGUCACACUAGUUUAUUUAUGCACCCGUAGAUAUUAAUGUUAAACUUUCAA